GCUGCCCUCUGCCUGCCAUGGCGAGUCAACAGUUUACCAAAGAACUGAAGGAGGCACUGCUCUGCCCCAUCUGUAUUGAUAUUCUGCAGGACCCUGUCACUCUGGACUGUGGGCACAAUUUCUGCCUCAGAUGCAUCUCUCAGGUUGCAGAAGAAACAUCAAGCAAAUUUUGCAAAUGUCCCCUCUGUGGCAAAUCUGUGAGGAAGAACUACGAGCCCAACUGGCUGUUGGUAAAUCUGGUGGAGAAAGUCCAAGCUAUGGAUCCCUCUGAGAUGCAACAGAAAAGGAAAAACAGAUGCGAGAAACAUGAGGAGAAACUCCAUUACUUCUGUGAUCUUGAUGGGAAGCUCCUUUGUAUGCUGUGUCGAGAAUCCAAGGAGCACAAAUCCCACAAUGUACUUUUAAUAGAAGAGGCUGCCCCAAGAUAUCAGGAGAAGCUGCAAUCGCAAGUUGAGGUCUUGAAGCAAAAGGAGAUGGUGAAACAAGCAAAACGACAAGGUGAACAGAAGAUCAACGACUUCAUGGCCAAGGUGGAACUUGAGAAGCAAAAGAUCACCAGAGAAUUCCAGCAGCUGUAUCAGACCCUACAGGAAGAGGAGAAUUUCCUCCUGUCAAGGAUAAACUGGCUGGCUCAGGAGGGAGCAAGCGGGAAGAAUGUCUAUGUCACUGCCUCUGAGACUCAGCUGAACUCUCUCAAGUUGCAGAUUGAUUCCCUGAUGGAGAGGCAGCAUUUCACACACAAAGAGAUGCUCAAGAACAUCAAAGUUAUCCUGUGCAGGAGUGAAGGAUUUCCCUUUCUCAGUCCAACCCCUGUUCCUUCUCACCUGGAGAGAAAACUCAGUGAUGCACAAUCAAGACAUAAAAACCUGGCAAGUUACCUGAAGAGAUUCAAAGAACAUCUCAAGAAUGAAGGGGAGAAAGAUAGAAGCAAAUUUUUGAAAGGCAUGAGUGACAAGGACAUAACAAAAUACAUAGAUGGCCAGUCAGAGACUAAUACUCCUAAAACAAACCAAGCCUCAGAGCCUGAGUCACCCUCUCCAGUUCAGGGUCCUGAUACUCAGUCUUUGGGGGUUCCUGUGUCAUGUUCCAGCGAGGGGACCUCGGAUUUUCCAGUUCCCAUGACCUUUGAUGAAGUCACAGCCCACCCAGAACUCAUCAUUUCUCCGGAUCUGAAGACAGCGACGCUGGAUUUCAUCCAACAGGAGAGCUCAGAUGAGCCCACAGACCCUGAAUGCUUCUACCCAUUCCGCUGCGUGCUGGGCUUUCCAGGGCUCUCCAGAGGCCGCCACACCUGGGAGACACAGCUGGAUGGGCCCGGGGGCGGGGCCUGCAUGGUGGGCGUGGCCUUGGGACAAGCUGCCAGGAGGGGUUUUCUGGUGAUAGACCCCUUGACCGGCUUUUGGGUGCUUAGAAUAACAGGCUCCGAGUGCCAGGCGCUCCUCGAGGCUGGCGCCCGGGAGGACCUCCCCGCCUGUCCGAGGAAAGUGGGCAUCUGUGUGGAUUUUGAGGGCGGGGAGGUCGUCUUCUACGACGCCGUCACGAACACGCACAUCUACACCUUCCACACCUCCUUCCCGGGACAGGUCUUCCCCUUUUACCGGCUUCUGUUUCCAGGCACACGGAUCACCCUGAACCCCUGAAGCUGUUCCUUUGCCUUGCCCUCCUUUUCCUCCGCAUUAACUCCUGGCUUUGGGAUGCGCUGCCAGCAGGUGGAGGGGUGCAGCUGGGCUUCCAGGAUCAUGUGGGAAGGCCACACCUGUGCUUUCUGGCCGGGCCCACCUCUGGCCUGGCUUUAAAAUUUCCUCCUUCUCUCAGUCCUCCCCUCAAUAUGCCUAAGUCGAAAAGAGCCUGGAGAACACGAGAAGAUUCUACACAAGGCUAGUCACUGUAGCACUGUUUGUUGGUUUUUGAUUUUUUAAAGAAUCAUUGUGUUUUAUUUUAUUUUCUUACAUCGUCUGUAUUGAUUUCUCCCCUUCGGUGUAGUUCUCAUAAUUCUCCCACCAACAGGGCACCCGUGACCAUCGCCAUAGUCCCUUGGGUUCUUCUCUCCCCUUUUUGAGCCCUCACCACACUCCCCUGCAGUAAGCCUCAGAUCUAGGGUCAACUGGCAAGGUUUUUCUUUUUUCCUUAUUUCUGUUAUGUUUCCCUAUAUUUCCCCUACAAGUGAGAACAUCAGAUAUUUUCUUUUUCCUCUGGCUUAUCUUGCUUAGCAUAAUCUAUCACGAGCACUGUUUGUAACAGGACAAGACUGGGAAGAACUCAAUUGUAAUUUAACCUGCAAUAGUGGAAAACUAUGCUAUGAGAAAGCAUCCCACUGCAUCCUAGUUGAGAUGCAGAUACAGGGACUGGACAACAAUCCCAGAAAGCCCUUUCUCCUCCAUCUCAUUUUCUGAAGCCCCCGUGACCCUGAAGGCCACCGUGGCUCAUUUGUACCUCUACCUUCCUGGGGACUUGAAAAAUAUGACCCUGGAUAUCAUUUCUACAGAAGACUCAGCUAAAGCUGCCUCUGCACCUUCUUUUCAUUUUGCAAAUAAGUAAAAUCAUGUAUUAUAAGAUGACCUCUGGAAUAUAUUAACUGAAAAAAUCAAGAUGGGGGAUUGUGCACAUAGUAUGAGCCAUUUUACCUAAGGGGAAUGUAAAUAUAUACAUUUGUUUGUUUAUAUUUUUAAAGAGAAAGAUGAAUCAAAACUUAUCAGCACAGUCAUCCGCUGGAGAUGGGAAGCAACUGAGUGAAAGGGAUGGAAAUUAGUCUUUUCUGAAUAUACCUUGAUUUGAACAUUUGGAACCAUGUAAAUGUUUCACAUCAUUCUAAAACAAAAUUAAAACAAGGGGGUGAGGGAGGAGCACAGGGGACUGAGGUGAUGGUGCAUGGGUGCAUUGGGGAAGGAAAUUAUAUGGGUACUACACCUGAGGGGGUGGGGGGAAGCAAAUAUUGUUUAAAAAUGAACUAUGAUGUUA